AUGGAUCGGGCCGCAGACGACGCCGUCGUCUUGGAGCACUCGCAGUCUCGGGCGCCUCCUGGCACCAAGUUCACAGGGGUACGAUACAAAGUCCCUCCUCCAUGCUCAUAGACUGAUUUCCUCACGCAGGAUGUCUCUGACUACUCCUCCAAAGAUGGAACGCAAGAGAUGACCAACUGCGAGUGCCGUAGAGGCUGCGGUCCAUCUUGUGCGUGUCGCAAGAUCGGAUGGCCAUGCGGGCUGGUCUGCAGCUGCAUGGACUGUGAAGGCUCCACGAAACCGUGCGGAAGCCCAUUCACCCGGAUCGCCGAAAAUCUGGGAGGCGUCAAGAGGGAGAGAUUUCUUGACGAAGUCAAAGGAUCAGGAAGAAUUGCUAUAGCAUACCUCGCAGCCAACAGUAGGUGCGAGUGGCUCCCGAAGGCGUCAGCCAGUGCUUGCCUUAGCAACCACUUGAACACUCGAGGGAACGAGCUAGAUGUUGAGGAUCUUCAAAGGAAGAUGAUGGAAGCUGGUGAGACUGCGAGAAUCAGGGAAGCGGGAGACGUGUAUCUCCUGAGCAUGAUGGACCUGAUCAACGAAGCGCAGGCGGAGAAAGAUGAAGAAGCCAAAGCAAAUCUGCUCAAAGAGCUCUUCCGAUACGCAUGUGGACGAGAACAUUACGACCCCAACCCCGAAAUGGCCAUGCCCCACGCUUUGACGAGCCGUGGCUCAAUGAGAUGGUCUUUUUGCCGCGAUACAUGGGUUAGUCGACACAAUAUCGCUCAUUGCUGGAAGUGCAACGAAUGCUUGGAAGAUUCCUGGCACUGCAACGAAUGCGGCGUCUGCAAGAUUGGGAGAGAUUAUCCGUGUGAUCGCUGUGGGGGAUGGUGCAAGGGCACUAAGGAUUUCGACGUGGGAAGUGCGGUUGCUAAGGACGCAAAGCCUACGCCAAAGACUGCGGAGGAAUCUCUGAAGAGGAGCCGCCGCUCGACGGGUGCAGGUGAGGCUAGUAGCUCUUCCGCUGGGAAGCGGAGGGCGCAGUGA